AUGGUUAGGUCACCAUUCUUCCACUCCGCAAGCUGCCGCCAGGGUUCAAAAAAAGACGAAACGGAGGAAACUUUUUUCUUUCUUGAAGCCGCUGUGGCUGUGCUUUAUGGAAACGCCCUGAAGGAAGAACACCCCAAGCGUAUGGCUCUUUUCUCCGUGAGAACGCCAAAAAAAACCAGAUUUUAUAAUAAUAUCGUCAAGUUGGUGCGAACAAUUUUGGAACGUGCUUUUCGCCUAAGUUUUGUGACAUUCUUUUUGUGUUUUGCGUCAUUUCCAUUACUUCCACUCUCCCGUCCGUCGGUUAGCGUCAAGACCAGAUGCCUUUUUUUUGUCUUUUCUAUUGCAGAUCGCUUCAUUAAGUCUGCAUGUUUUAAAAAUUAAAAUCAGCCUUGAACACGCUAGUGCAAUAUUGAGGAUUAGGGCUUACGAAGGAAAUAAGACGGCACGCGAUCAAGAUUAUUGUAGCUAAUUUAAAGGGGGGUCUCCUCCACGUUUUCAUUCGUUUCUAGAACUCCUUGACUUGUAGUUCUCGUUUACGGGGUUUCUUUGUUCGCGAAACCUCUUCAUUCAUUCAUCUACAACACACUCCAGGUCUGAUUGAGUGUUCUCUUCAGGUCACAAACAUGGGUCGGCUGGGUAAAUCAUGCCCGAUGUUAUUAUUGAUCCGAUUGCUAAUCCAAUUUGUGUCUUCCACAGCCUCGUCGGUUCAGAGUUACGUCAGCAUUACCUACGAGCCGUCGGUGGUUCACGACUUGGUUGAAGAUCACAAUAAAACCGUACUGAUCAAUAUUAACCUCAACCGAAGAUUGUACCCAAAUAACUAUUCGAAGCUUCAUUUUGAGUUAUUGUGAGGUUCAGUUUUGUUUAUUAUUUACUUCUUUCAGACCAUUACACCCAGAUUUCUUCGAAGCCGAUUCCUAUGCGAAUGAGUUGGAGGUUGAUGAAGGGCAAGGGAAUGGGGAUUUGAUCACGUAUAAAGUAAGUGGACAUUUUAUUGAAGUAUUUUCCUCUCAGACAACCGCUAAUCUAUAUGGGAAAAUGCUGGGGAAAUCAGCACUUCAAGUAGUUGUGCAACCAAUCCAAGAGGUCGCCAGGGCCGAGAAUGAGUUUAUGCAAAUGUCUACGAGUAAGAUGGAUGUGUGGGUUAUUCGGAAUCCCGAUAAGCAAUAUGGCACGAAGGUCUUCGUUGUCACUUUGAUCAUUCUCAUCACCAUAGCUAAUGUUUUGAUGGGAUGUGAACUUGAUAUGAAUGUUAUUUGGGAGACGCUAAGGAAGCCGGUUGCUCCCGCCAUUGGUUUCUUUACACAGUUCUUCCUUAUGCCAAUGGUGAGCCGGCUUGUUUUCUGACGGUUUAUAUUGAGAAUUUCGGUAAUUUAUGUUGUUUUUAGAUAUCUUAUGUAAUCGCCAGUUGUAUUUUGGUUCCGCGUGGCCUAAAUUCAUAUGCUCUAGGGCUGUUUGUAUGUGGAUGUGCUCCGGCUGGUGGCGCCAGUAACUUCUGGACUCUGCUUUUGGAUGGAAAUGCUCACCUUUCAGUUACCAUGACUUUCCUUAGUAUGAUUGCUUCUUUGGGUAAGUUAAAGGUCAUUUGCAUGGCAUUGUUUAAUUAAAAUGUGUUACGUUUAAUCUCGUUUUAGUUAUGAUGCCAUUAUGGAUGAAUCUGCUCGGCUACAAAUUCUUAAAAGGGUACUCCGAGGAUGUUGUGAUGCGUGUUCCGUAUACGAAGAUUGUAAUGGGACUUGUUGCAUUUAUUGUGCCAUUACUAAUUGGGGUUCUCAUAGCCAGAAAAAGACCAGGAUGGGCGGCGAAUGCAAGAAGAGUACGUUUAAUGAGAGCCUUCAGUUUUAUUCGAAUAAUUUUAGAUCCUCCGUCCAUUUGUGAUCUUCGUCUUGGUAUUUGUGAUCGUUUUUGGAACCUUUUCCAAUCUUUACAUGUUUGAAUUGAUGAAUUGGCCCGCUUUGAUCUCGUAAGUCAUAAACGCUCGAAUAAAUACAAAUUUCAGUGGCCUUUUAUUGCCAUGGUGUGGUUUUAUGUUUGGCUGUUUUACGGCUAUUUUCCUCAGACAAAAGCCCGAAGAUGUGACCGCCAUAGCCAUCGAGACCGGGGUCCAGAACACUGGGAUUGCCAUUAUGUUGUUGAAGGUAAUCGUCUACAAUAUUAUCGUUAAUGGUUUUUAUCUUGUAUCUUUUGCAGUUUUCGUUCGCGGAACCAGACGCAGACAUCAGUUCCCUGUUGCCCGUGAUCGUAGCCUGUUUUACUCCGGGUCCGUUACUCGUUGGAUUCGCAGUUCAUUCGGUGAUCAAGUGGACAAAAAAGCGAGCUAAUUCGAUAGUCCAAGACCCAGAAAAACCUCUCGAAAACUCCGUCCAAGGAGAAUCUCACGUUCAGCUAAUACAGUCUAAUGAAUCUCCCGGUCUGGAUUAG